AUGUCGUUCAUGAACAACCCUGCUGUCGUGAUGGACAAUGGUACCGGCCUAACCAAGUUGGGUUUUGCUGGUAACGACUCUCCGUCUUGGGUUUUUCCCACGGCGAUCGCUACAGCACAACCUUCGAGUACCAAAAAGUCAACUUCUAGCGCUCUCUCGGGUGCUAGCGGUCUAUCUAAUACGGGGAAUGCUAGUUCGAGUGGGAAUCCGUAUUUUGGAAAUGCUACGUCAGCCACAGCGUUUAACAAUUUGAAUGCAGGAUCUCUUCUAAUGUCUAACAACUUGGCUGGGAAAAGAGGGACAGAGGAUUUGGACUUUUACAUCGGAAACGAGGCCUUGAUCGCAGCACAAGGUCCAUCGUACGGCUUGAGCUACCCGAUCAAACAUGGCCAGGUGGAGAAUUGGGACCACAUGGAGAGAUUCUGGGAAAACUCUAUCUUCAAGUAUCUGAGAACCGAGCCAGAAGACCACUACUUUCUAUUGACAGAGCCGCCUUUGAAUCCGCCAGAAAAUAGGGAACAGAUAGCGGAGAUUUUCUUCGAGUCCUUCAACUGCGCUGGUCUAUAUAUUGCUGUUCAGGCUGUCUUAGCUCUUGCGGCUUCAUGGACGUCAUCGAAAGUCGUUGACAGAUCGUUAACAGGUACUGUGAUUGAUUCCGGUGAUGGUGUGACCCAUGUUAUUCCGGUGGCUGAAGGUUACGUUAUUGGCUCAGCAAUCAAGAAUAUUCCGAUUGCAGGAAGGGACAUUACCCUAUUCAUCCAGUCCCUGCUCAGAGAACGUGGUGAAGAAGAUACAUCUUUAAGGACAGCGGAGCGUAUCAAACAGGAAUACUGCUAUGUCUGUCCUGACAUUGUCAAAGAAUUCAACAAAUUUGAUAGAGAUCCCGAGAAGUUCGCUCAAUUCGUAGUAGAGAACCAGGAGAAGACUAGAAGGAAAGUAGUUGAUGUUGGGUGUGAGAGGUUCAUGGCUCCCGAAAUUUUCUUCAACCCAGAAAUCGCCUCUUCAGACUUUUUGACACCGCUACCCACCAUAGUAGAUCAGACGAUCCAAGCCUGUCCAAUCGACGUCCGUAAAAGCCUGUACAGCAAUAUCGUCCUUUCGGGUGGCUCUACAAUGUUCAAAGAUUUCGGCCGUCGCUUACAAAGAGAUUUGAAGUCCAUAGUAAACAACAGAAUUGCGCAAAGCGAAUAUUUGAGCGGUACUAAAUCUACUGGUGUAGAUGUGCAAGUCAUCUCCCACAGAAAACAAAGAAAUGCUGUUUGGUUUGGUGGUUCACUGUUAGCCCAAACAGCUGAGUUUAAAAGUUACUGCCACACAAAGAAGGAUUACGAAGAGAUUGGACCUGAAAUCGUGAGAAAUUUCAGUCUGUUCAACAUGGUUUAG